GAGACAGACUCUUUUUAAAAUUUCAGUAGGCAUCAUACUGAUCCAAUUCUAGUGUAAUAAUCGCUAGCAUUGCGGAGAGAAUGAUCACCUCGAGUCAUUUUUACUCAUGGAUUAGGAUUACACAAGUUUUCUCCGUCAUUCCCAGUGUGUUUCAGUCAAGUAUGCGAGAACUAGAUAAGGGAGAAAGAGAAACAUUGAGGCUUUUGAUCAUUAUUGGCGAAUAAGUUUCGUUUUUUCACAUUGAUAAAAAAAAAAAAAAAAAAAAAAGAGAAAAAGGAAGCUUGGAUGCUGAUGAAUGGAACAAGUAUGCUCUAGAAGCCAAUUGAGAAUGGGAUCUUAGCUGUAAAGCUGAAACCUGAGACUUUUGCUUUCAGAUUGAUUUAUUGGCCAGUGAGCUCUUGUAGUGUUUCUUCAUGAUUUUGUUUUUUUUUAAAUCAGUCUCCUUGUGGUGAAUUUUCAUAAUUCAUAGUCAUAACUGUCUUUGCUUUUUGAUUCAUAACUAGGGAUACUUCAUGUUUACAAUAUCUUCUUCGUUAAGAAGAUGAAAACUACUCUGCUUUUUCUGGUCGACGUUUGCAAAUUUAUUAGUUCUGCUAACCGUAUUAAACCGAACCGGACUGUUCCCACACAAAAGUCCAGCAACUCCGUUGUUUGGAUGACCAGAGAUCACCACUGGAUCUGUCGUUGACCCAAUCUUUGCGGCGAGGAAGAGUCUUCUCUAGUAAUCUAGUGGCUUUUCCCGUUAAGGUGAUGAAGAGUCUUCUCUAGUAAUCUUCACUAUGGGAAGGUCGAAGCUUGGAUCGUCGAACAAAAAGAAGAAGAAUAAGAAGAAGAAGAGUAAGGUGGGAAGAGAAAAGGACCAAACUUUCUCAGACCUUCCUUCUGAUCUCUUAAAACUGGUAAUUUCUCUUCUUCCUUUGAAAGACAACAUCCUUGCUUCCGCUGUCUGCAAAUCAUGGCACAAAGUUUGUGUUUCUCUUCGAGCGGUUGAUACCUCUCCUUGGCUUAUCUACUUUCCCAAAACAGACGAAUCCUAUGAACUUUAUGACCCAUCAAUGGAGAAAACUCACAGUCUUCAGUUUCCUGAGUUAUCAGGUUUUCGGGUUUGUUCCUCCAAAGAUGGUUGGUUACUCAUGUACAAUGCCAAUACUUAUCAGCUCUUUUUCUUCAAUCCGUUUACUCGAAAUUGCAUACCUGUGCCUCCGCUUUGGAUGGCAUAUGAUCAAAGAAUGGCUUUCUCUUGUGAUCCUACAUCAACUAAUUGUGUCUUGUUCACAGUCAGCUAUGUCACUUGGAGUUACAUCACCAUCAAGACAUGUUGUGCUUAUGCCACAGAGUGGAACACAUUUGUGUUCAAGAAUCGGCUGCCACGAAACUUCAACAUUUUCGAGCAGAUUGUCUUCUCCAAUGGCGCCUUCUACUGCCUCACUAAUACAGGAUGUUUAUCGCUCUUCGACCCGUCUUUGAAUUCUUGGAAUAUUCUUCCCGGGCGACCUUCGAAACGUCCGGGAAGCAACAGAUGCUUUAUGACAGAACACCAGGGAGAGAUCUUUCUCAUUUACAUGUACAGACACAUGAACCCAACCUUGCUUAAACUUGACAUUACAAGCUCUACAUGGACUGAGAGGAAAACACUGGGAGGCUUGACAAUCUACGCAAGCGCCUUGUCUUCUGAAUCGAGAGCCGAGCAGCAGAAGCCGAGUGGAAUUAGAAACUGUUUGUGUCUCUCUGUGUUCCAUGGAUUCAAGAGGACUUGCAUAUCUUACAAGGUUGAUGAAGAGAGUAAGAUUUGCUUGAAAUGGAAAAACCAUGAUCCGUAUGAGAAUAUCUGGAUCAUGCCACCUCAAAAUCUCCUUGAUCUCCCUUUGUUUGAUCAACAUCUCUAGCACAGUUAUAGAAUUCUUUUUUCAUAUUUGUUCAAAUACAUGUACAGUAUAUUUGGACACAUGCUGAUCAUAGGAAAGGGAAAUUCUCAGAAUCUGGUAAUAUGGUGAAGCAAUGGUAACAGUUGUCAUCUCACACUCAUAAGCUGAUUAACAAUGUUGCGUCCUAAUUGAAACAAAAAAAUAAAAUAAAAUAAAAUCAAACAAACAAACCAAACAAAUAGAAAUGCCAACCAUAUCAAACUGAUGAUCAAGCAAAAGAAGGAAAGAAAAAGAAAAAA